UUCUGGUUUUCAGCGUCCAUCGCUGCAGCAGAAUCUGUCUCACUCCUUUAUCUCGUGUUCUCUGAACUCCAGCUUCUGCGUGUUAUCAUUUACACCUCAAGCUCCGAUGGUUGAAGGAUUUCCUGGAUUCACUUUGAUUUCAAACCGUUUAAAUCAGAUCAGCUGUAAACCCUGGUACGAUGCAGUCACUGGGUCAGGAGAUCCACGGCUUCUCCAAAAACCGUCUGAGGAAGCAGUGCACGCGUGUUACCACGGUGACGGGUCGGAAACUUCUGGAGACGAGGAGCGACGGGGCCGAGGGAGAGGUGGAGCGGGUGGAGGAGCUGGAGGAGGGAAGUGGAUGUGGAUUUGUAGAAGAUAAAAGUCUGGACCUUCAAGUUGGUGUCGUUAGAUCCUUCCUGCUACUGGGCUCUCAGGAUGCAGCCCACGACUCGGACACCCUGCUGAGAUGUAAGGUGUCUCAUGUGCUCAACGUGGCCUACGGAGUAAACAACCUGUUCCCAGAUCAGCUGGUGUACAAGACGCUGCAGAUCCUGGACCUCCCAGAAACUGACAUCACUUCUUAUUUGGAAGAAUGCAGCUCCUUCAUCGACCAGGCUCGAGAACAGGGGGGUGCUGUGCUGGUCCACUGUAACGCCGGCGUGUCACGCUCCUCCUCCGUUGUGAUUGGCUACCUGAUGUUGCGGGAGGGGCUCCUGUUUGAUGAUGCGUUCAGCCAGGUGAAGCUGGCGAGGCCCUCGACUCGUCCGAACCCUGGAUUCUACCAGCAGCUGCAGAGCUACACACCAGGGACUACAGCAUCAAUUCAGGUGAAGCUGGCGAGGCCCUCGACUCGUCCGAACCCUGGAUUCUACCAGCAGCUGCAGAGCUACACACCAGGGAGUGUAUGUCUCACAGAACAUAUUUUGUACUAUUUUGAAUUCUUAUCAAUGUUUUCAUCAGCCUAAAGAGAAAAUUAGAUAUUCAAGAUAUGUUUUCUGCAUUUAAAGAAUGUACAUUGUCUUUUUUCUGUUGCCAAAUGCCCAGUGUGUCUUUUCUCUGAGGUUUGCGUUAAUUUCUAUGUUUUCUAAUUAAAGGACGAACCCUUUUUCCUGA